CGCACUGGGCCCCGGGCGCGCGGCGGCUCCGGCUUUGUGUGUAUGUGUGUGAGUGUGUGUGAGUGUGUGAGAGAGUGUGUGUGUGAGUGUGUGAGUGAGUGAGCGGGCGGGCGGGCGCGAGUGUGGCCGCCGCGGAGCGCGAGCAGGACCCGGCGGGCGCGCUCCCCCAGCCUCUCUCUCCCCGCCAGAACCAUGUCGGGCAGGUCGGUUCGAGCCGAGACCAGGAGCCGCGCCAAAGAUGAUAUCAAGAGGGUCAUGGCGGCUAUCGAGAAAGUGCGCAAAUGGGAGAAGAAGUGGGUGACUGUGGGGGACACAUCCCUGCGAAUCUACAAGUGGGUCCCUGUGACAGAGCCAAAGGUGGAUGAUAAGAACAAGAACAAGAAAAAGGGCAAAGAUGAGAAGUGUGGCUCCGAGGUGACCACGCCGGAGAACAGCUCCUCCCCGGGAAUGAUGGACAUGCACGAUGAUAACAGCAACCAGAGCUCCAUAGCAGACGCCUCCCCAAUCAAACAGGAGAACAGCAGUAACUCAAGCCCUGCUCCAGAGCCCAACUCAGCUGUGCCCGGCGAAGGCACUGACGCCAAGGCAGACGAGGCCCAGGCCGACGGGAAGGAGCUUCCUGGGACCGAAGAUGCUUCUGACGAGCAGAAUUCACAGUCUUCAGUGGAAAACUCGGUGAACAGUUCAGAGAAAGUGGAGCGGCAGCCAUCUGGAGACGCGGGUCUGGCUGCGGAGAUGUCGGCAGCCUCUCAGGUACCUCGAUCAAGGUCUCAGAGGGGCAGCCAGAUCAGCCGGGAGCCCAUUGGGGUGUCAGGGGAUUUGGAAGGAGUGCCCCCCUCGAAGAAGAUGAAACUGGAGACCUCGCAACAGAACUCUGAGGAGAUGUAGACCCUGCGUUCGGUCCUGCUGUCCAUGCCCACGGGGGAGACACCUGCAGGCUGAAUCCCAGAACGGCUUCACCUGCGCGGAUCCUCUGGGGCGCGGACAGAACUACAAACUUUCCAAGUUUACCAAGUGCAAAUCCAAGAAAACCCAGAACAGCGUAACUUCUCAGACACUGAAGAACUUUUCUGCUGUGAAGCAAAACACUCGGGUGUUGGAGGGACUGUCCUUGGGAAGGCGGGGUCGACCGCUCAGGAGUGUCUGCACACUGUCUCUGAAGCCAAGAUUACAUUUGUGUUGCUGCUGUAUUGUUUUGUGUCCCCCCCCCCCCCGCCCCAACCUCUCUAUUUAACGAUAUAAGCUAUUCGAGGGUCGUACCGAUCAGGGAAUCGGUUCUUGUCCGGGCUUUUCACUGUUCGCCCGAUUCCUUCCGCUUUCUUUUUUUGUGCCUUGUGCCCUUGAGGUGACCUCUGGCAUGUUUUCCUGGUUGUUUUGCAUCUCCCUUUGCAAAGUGCCCUCGGUUUUGUCCGGGCAGCCGGUGCCACCGUCCUCACACCUCUCCCCUCCCUGACCCGGGACUUCAGCUGGAGCGGAGCAGGCAGGGAGGAGGGGCUGGAGGCCUCGCACGAGCAGGACCUCCUUGACCGCCCGGUUUGCCGGUGUGGGGGUGUCGGGCGUGCCCUGGGCCCUGGGUCCUGGGUCCAAGGUCCGAGGAGUCUCGGAUGUCGGAGCGCUGUCCCCAAGGGCUGGCUUCGGGAUGUUCUCUCUCACUUCCUCGGAGCAACUGAGGCCGGUGUUUCCAAGCCCACCGUGGCCCAGACGGACACACAGAACCCUUCGACCGCUCUGACACGCGCACCCUCUACCCCGACCACACCGCUUUCUCCCACACCUCCGAAGACGAAAUGGCUUCUGUGGCUGAUUGCAGGACUGUCUCCUUAGGACGCUAAAAGGGCCGAGGGGACGGGGAGCCAACGGCAGGAAGAGCCGGUGCUGAACUUUCUCUCAUAGGAUGUUGCCUGGAUUUCAAAUCCGCAGGAACCUGCUACCCUCUGCCUCCCCAGCUUCACUUGGCAACGCUCCCCGCGCCCCGGGGAGGCAAAACUGCGAAGUGUUCUGACCCUCAGAGCCGGCAGUCAGAUGGCCUCCUGCUCCCAGGAUGCACGGACGGUCCCCACGGGGGAGCUGACCCUGACGAUUGGGCCUCAAAGGCCAGAACAAGGCACCAGAGAGUGGAAUUCUCUGCACGCCUCCCGAAGGGGGCGACCGAAGCCCCUCCUCGCCUCGGUCCUCUGCCUGUGCUGGGACACCUUCCUCUCACUAAAAUGGAGAUGCCCCCUUGGACAAACUGCCUGAUUGUUUGGUUCUGAGGCCUGGUUUGCUCUUAAUUCCUAGAUGGACUCCUCGGACCUUAACCCUUUUCCUGAGCUUUCUUUACUGCACUGGAGUUCCAACUCCCUUUGAGUUGAGUGAGGGGGUGGGCGGGUCGGGGGGAGGGGGUUUGCUUUUGUUUUGUGGUUUUUUUGUUGUUGUUGUUUUGUUCUUUUUCGUUUUGCUGAUUGGUGCAUAUCCAGGUACUACCUUCGAGACCUUUGACGUGGGGCUCUCUCUCCUGACCACCAUGGAAAGUGUCUGCCAGUUCCUGAGGGUGGGCUCUCCCUUGUUUCUAAGGGAGCCAAUCUGUUUCCUGCACUUCAAGAAGAAUCAAAAUGUUCCUGAAUUUCAAAUACCUCAUGCAAAAUGGUCUCCUGGAAUAAGGGGGAAAAAAAAAAAAAACAACAAAAAACAAAACACAAACUUUGAAAAUCUUAAUGUUGAAGUUCGCAAUGCCGAAAGGUUUCUGUCUUAAGAAAAAAAAAAAAAAAGAAAAAAACCCUUAUCAGUUUUGCCCCUCAGGCAGUCCGCUCCAUGCAGAACCCUGUUCUGCGUUACCUCUCACGUAUCUCCAGGCGGCUUUACCUCCAGGGCCUCUAAAGCUAGAGUAACUUUUUUUUUCUUUGCAGCGAAACUCCAUUUUGAUGAAAGAUGAAUUUGGAUAUUUAUUUCCUUUCUUUUUGGGAAAUGAGAGGUUAGAAGCAAAACAGCUGAAGGAGAAUCACACGCAUCCACAGACACCACACGGCAGCCAGGCCCCCCCGCCUCCCCCUCCCCUGCAUGGGGGUCCCCUUCCGGUUGUGGUGGCCUCUCUGGACAGGCAAGGGGAGUCAAGGCCGUUGAGGUUGAAGACGACAUCCGCGACACCGAGGCUGUCAUUUGUUUUUCUCUGAAGUGCCUGAAGGUAGGAAGAGGCCCGUGGCUGGGACCCACUGGGCCCCUGGGCCCCCGCCGCGGCGGCCCUGCACUCAUCACUGGCCGGGAAGGCCUUCCACACGGGACGGUGAGACUGCAAAAAUCCAGACGUGCUUCCUUCCCCAACGCAGUCCGCUCCCCGGAGCCACUGUCCCCGCCUGCCCUGCGCCCCUCGCCCCCUCCCACCACAGAAUCUAAGACCUUUCAGCCGGCCGAGCCAGGGGCGGGGGUCCCCAGCAGAUGCCUUCCGCGGCCACCAGGCCCCAUGGCCUAAAGGGCUCCCAGGGCAACCUUACUCCCCGCCACCCGUGACGUCGAGGGAGCUACAUUCCACAAAGUGCUGGCACUUACACCCGGAACCCGGAAGGUGGUGGACCCGUGUAUAGGGUGGUGACCUCCCAUUACGAGCGAUGUCAUGGUUUGGAAUGUUCAUUAUCGCCAAGGACCCGGUUAGAGGUAUAAAGACCUUUUUUCCACCGUUACCUAAUUUUUUUUUCCUAUUAUGUUUUGGGUUUUUUGUUUUGUUUUUGUUGUUGGUUUUGUUUUUGUUUCUUUUUUCUUUUUCUUUUUUUUUUUUUUUUUGGUGUGUUGUACAGCAGUAUAAUUUUUCACUUAUUUAUUCCAUCAAGUAGAUAUGGUUUGUACAAUGUACAAUGGUUCCAUUUCAGAAAAUAAAAAAAAUUCAAGUCAUGA